AUGCCGCCGCCCGCAGGGAAAUGCUCGAGUGAGCAGGUGGGGAAGAGCGCGUCAGGAAGCGGGCCUCGUGAGGAGCGCGCCAAGCGGGUGCCCGCGACCAAGCCAGGCUGGACGCUGACGCUGGAGGGGCUGGCCGCCAUGAGCCCCACGCAGCGACACCGCCACCUGCUUUUCGGCGACCUGCUCCAGGACGUGGGUGCAGCCGCCUCCAUCUUUCCGCGCGAGUCGGUAGAGCUGGAGUACCUCAUGCCCGACCCCCGCGCCUGGACGCAGUGCGAACUACCCACCGAGCGCUGGAACCGGCUGCUGGGCGUCCUCAAGGCAGCGGAGGCUCGCGGGCGAGUCCGCGCCCUGCGACUGCGCUACACCCGAAUGCGGGCAGAGGAAAUUGCGCUCCUGAUCCAGCGGCAGGACUCGGCGCGCGCCGCCAUCAGACUGGAGACAUUCCUGCCGCCACAGCUGAAACCCACACGGAUUCCGGAUCCCCUGGAUCGACAAGAGCGGAGGCGCGUGGAGACCAUUCUGGAAGAGGCGGUGGAUGGCAGCAUCUUCCCACGGUGA